AUGGUAACCAAAGAGCCCAGAACAACUUCCAAAGAGAUUAGAGGUGAACUCCAAGGUCAAGGAGGAAUUUUUGAGUCCAUCGAAAGUGGCCCUUCUGGAGCUGAGGAGCUAGCCUUCAAAUUUGCACUGAACACCAUCAACAGGAACAGAACACUGCUGCCGAACACCACGCUAACCUAUGACAUCCAGAGGAUUAACGUCUUUGACAGCUUUGAGGCCUCGAGGAAAGCUUGCGAACAGCUCUCUUUAGGCGUAGCAGCCAUAUUCGGACCCUCCCACAGCUCUUCAGCCAAUGCCGUGCAGUCCAUCUCCAAUGCCUUGGGUGUACCACACAUCCAGACCAGGUGGAAGCAUCAGGUUUCAGAUAACCGUGACUCGUACUACGUCAGCCUGUAUCCGGACUUCUCUUCUCUUAGUCGCGCCAUCCUAGACCUCGUUCACUUCUUCAAGUGGGAGACGGUCACCGUGGUGUAUGACGACAGCACAGGAUCAGGGUUGAUUCGUCUACAGGAGCUGAUUAAGGCUCCCUCCAGAUACAACAUCCGGCUAAAGAUUCGCCAGCUGCCUGCAGAGACCAAGGACGCCAAACCACUCCUUAAGGAAAUGAAAAAAGCAAAAGAAUUCCAUGUCAUCUUUGACUGUGGCCAUGAGAUGGCUGCCUGGAUACUCAAACAGGCUCUAUCUAUGGGGAUGAUGACAGAGUAUUAUCACUACAUCUUCACAACACUGGACCUUUUUGCAUUGGACAUGGAGCCGUAUCGCUACAGCGGUGUAAACAUGACUGGUUUUCGAAUCCUAAACACAGAGAGUGCUCAGGUGUCCUCUAUUGUAGAGAAAUGGUCCAUGGAGAGACUGCAGGCUCCUCCUAAGCCCGACUCAGGACUGCUGGAUGGAUUUAUGACGACAGAUGCAGCCCUGAUGUAUGAUGCGGUGCAUGUUGUAGCAGUAGCAGUGCAGCAGUCCCAGCAGAUCACUGUUAGCUCUCUUCAGUGCAACCGACACAAACCCUGGCGCUUUGGAGCGAGGUUCAUUAGCCUUAUUAAAGAGGCUUCUUGGGAUGGACUGACAGGGCGAGUUCUCUUCAACAAAACAAACGGCUUGAGAACAGAUUUUGAUCUAGAUGUGAUUAGUCUGAAGGAGGAUGGACUGGAGAAGAUUGGCACAUGGGAACCUGUGAAUGGUCUAAAUAUGACGGAACAUCACAAGAGUAAAAUGACCAAUGUUACAAACUCCUUGUCCAACAAAUCACUAAGGGUGGCCACUAUUCUGGAAGAACCAUAUGUGAUGUUCAAGAAGUCAGACAAGCCUCUGUGUGGAAAUGACCGUUUCGAGGGCUACUGUGUGGAUUUGCUGCGAGAGCUGGCCGCCAUUUUGGGAUUCCGCUAUGAGAUCCAGUUGGUGGAGGAUGGAAAGUAUGGCGCGCUAGAGGAAAGCACAGGCCAGUGGAAUGGCAUGGUCCGAGAACUAAUGGACCAUAAAGCAGACUUGGCAGUGGCUCCCUUGACCAUAACAUACGUGAGGGAGAAGGUGAUUGAUUUCUCGAAGCCCUUCAUGACAUUGGGCAUCAGCAUCCUGUACCGCAAGCCCAACGGCACCAACCCUGGCGUGUUCUCAUUCCUCAACCCCCUCUCUCCCGAUAUCUGGAUGUAUAUUCUGCUGGCUUACUUGGGUGUCAGUUGUGUGCUGUUUGUCAUAGCCAGGUUCAGCCCGUAUGAGUGGUAUAAUCCUCACCCCUGUAACCCAGAUUCUGAUAUGGUGGAGAAUAACUUCACUCUACUAAAUAGUUUCUGGUUCGGAGUUGGAGCUCUCAUGCAACAAGGGUCUGAGCUGAUGCCCAAGGCUCUGUCCACCAGGAUAGUUGGAGGUAUCUGGUGGUUUUUCACUCUGAUCAUCAUCUCCUCUUACACGGCCAACCUGGCUGCCUUCCUCACUGUGGAGAGGAUGGAGUCUCCCAUUGACUCAGCUGAUGACCUAGCCAAGCAGACCAAGAUUCCUUAUGGUGUAGUGGAGGAUGGAUCUACUAUGGCAUUUUUCAAGAAGACAAAGAUCUCCACUUAUGAUAAGAUGUGGGAGUUCAUGAAUAGCAGGAGGCAAUCAGUGAUGGUGAAGAGCGUGGAGGAGGGAAUCCAGAGAGUGCUUACGUCGGACUAUGCAUUCCUCAUGGAGUCCACCACCAUUGAGUUUGUCACCCAGCGCAACUGCAACCUCACUCAGAUUGGAGGACUCAUAGACUCCAAGGCAUAUGGAGUGGGAACACCAAUGGGCUCUCCAUACCGAGACAAGAUCACCAUAGCGAUUCUGCAGUUGCAGGAGGAAGGGAAGCUGCAUAUGAUGAAGGAGAAGUGGUGGAGAGGAAAUGGCUGCCCAGAGGAGGAGAGCAAAGAGGCGAGUGCACUGGGAGUGCAAAACAUUGGGGGCAUCUUCAUCGUGCUGGCUGCGGGCCUGGUCCUCUCUGUUUUUGUGGCUGUAGGGGAAGUGCUGUACAAGUCCAAACAGAACGCACAGAUUGAGAAGCGGUCAUUCUGCAGCGCCAUGGUGGAUGAGCUCACUGUGUCUCUGAAGUGUCAGCGACGCCUCAAACAAAAACCACAGCCUCCCGCCAUCGUCAAAACAGAGGAGGUGAUAAACAUGCACACCUUCAAUGACAGAAGACUGCCAGGGAAAGAGACAAUGGCCUAAGGGUCAUCACCUUCCCACCUCUCUCUCCCUCAUGGGAUAAGUCCGUUAGGGGCGCAAGAGAGUCUAGGACAGAAGUGCAUCCCACAAUGCCUUUGGGUCCACCCUGGAACGCUCCAGCUUUCGUCCCAGAGAU